AUGCCUACAUCAAUGAGAUCUCAUCGAACGAUUGAAUUCAAGACUAAUUUCAUGAAUCCCCGUUCUCAAACCCCAAAUUUCACAGUUCCAGACAGCCGGAGACGAACACAAAUACGUAAGAAGAAUGACAGGAAAACGGAGGCGGUGGCGGUGGCGGAGCAACCGUCUAAAAACCUUGUCAUGGGACAGGUUACGAUACUGAAACGCGGUGAAGUUUUGAACAACUCGUCGAGAAUUUUGAAAGAUAUGAAUAGUCGUGAGGACUUCACCGGCGUAGCUUCCAUCGCCGGAGGAAAGAAUUUGAUUGCCGAUCAAGAAGAUUCCAAAGUUGUGACGAGUGGUCGGAGAAAACAGAAGAAUAGUAGGAUUGCUCCAUCAAUGGGACACGACUUGCAGAAUGUGUCGAUGCAGAUGAAGAAGAUGAGUGAAUGUUUUGCAGGUUGUAUAUUCUCCGAUUCACCUCCCCCGAGUUCAGUUCCAUUGCCUGGUUUUUUAAAAAGAAGUUUGUUGAAUCCAUAA